AUGGCUUCUCAAACAGAACCAUCUCAUCAUAAGCACAGCAAGUAUAUCCUCAUCAGUAACUGUGAAUCGUAUGUUGGCCAUGCCUUGGCACACCAUCUUGCGAGUGAACUUAUGCUCCGACCUGGCAUGAUGAAGAAACACUGGCGUGUUCGUGCCCUGUGUCACAACUUGCAAGGAAUGGAAGACUUGAUCCAAGCUGGUGUCGAUGUCCAGCAAGUCAAUUAUCAAGACGAAAUGAUGCUUCGCAGCCAAAUGAAGCACGUCCGCUCGCUUAUCAUUACAAUGGGCACCAAUGAAAGCCGUGUUACAGACACCAUCAAAGUCAUCACUGUUGCCAGCUCGGAAAAGGUGAAACGCGUACAAAUGAUCUCCUGCACCGGAUGCCAAUAUGCCGAGUCGGAACAAUCACCCAUGGGCCAGUACCAUAUGCUUGAGCAACUUAUGCGCAGUACGUUUGCCUAUGGCCGCUGGUGCGUGUUUCGUCUUACAUUCAUGAACCAAGGUUUUUACUUUUGGAAAGACAUGAUUGAGCAUAGCGGAAAGAUUGGCAUGUCUAUGUCCGAGACCACGCAGUUUACGACUAUCAGUAUCCAAGACGUGUGUGACGCUUUGGCCACUCUGGUGCUCAGUCCUAAGAAGCAAGAUAUAGAAGGCAGUAGUCUCCUUGCUGUCGACGACGACGAGGAUGAUGAAGAGAAUCCUGAGCAUCUUAAACGCAUAUAUGAGCUGACAGGUCAAUGCCCGUACACUGGAGAAUUCGCGGCCAGAAAACUCAACGAAGCACUCGGUGCCGAAGAAGGUGAAAUCCAGUACGAAGAAAUGAGCGAGGAAGAGUUGCGUGAAUACCUGCAUCGCAUGUCUGCUAGACCCAACCAAGCAGAUCCACCAGGGCUGGUGCCUGAUCCUCAUCGAUACCUUAAUGAGCAAGCCAUUAAUAUUAUGCUCGACUGGUUCAAGAUACUAGAGCGUACGGGGAUGGGCCAAAAAGUGACCGACGACAUACGUGAUCUGACCGGAAGAGAGCCAAAGGAUCUUGGCCAAUUCUUUAUUGAGAACCGUAACGAGUUCAGACGCCCUUCGAAAUAGCAAUAGCAGUAGCAAGAGUAC